AUGGUGGAAAGUGGUCCACAUUCAAUUAAUGAUGAUUUGUCAACGAACGAAUACAUAGAACAACCUAAAUUCUAUCACGAUGACCACGCUAGUGAUAGUAAUAGCCUGUCAGAUAUAGACGACGACAAUAAGAAGCAUGGCGGAUUGUAUGGAACAGUCUCCAGAACUACCACAAGAGAGCUACCAGAAGACCUGGAGUCUGAGAUUUCUUCAACUCACUCACAAGAUGCUAAAGAGGACUUGGAGAUACAGCACAACGCGGCUCCAUACUCCCUGCUGAACUACAGAGAUAAAUGGUGUAUGGUUGCCCUACUUACAGCAUGUGGGUUCUGGUCUUCUUUGGGUUCCCCAAUUUAUUAUCCAGCUCUGAAACAGUUAGAAAAACAGUUCGACAUCGAUGAAAAUAUGGUCAAUAUCACAGUUGUGGUGUAUCUAUUAUUCCAAGGUUUGGCCCCAACUUGUAGUGGUGGUCUAGCUGAUAAGUUCGGCCGUAGACCUGUUCUACUUAUCGGUAUGCUGAUCUACGUGGUUGCCUCCAUUGGUCUGGCUUGUGCUCCAUCAUAUGGUGUUAUUGUUUUCCUAAGAUGUGUACAGAGUAUUGGUAUCUCACCAAGUAUCGCUAUCAGCUCAGGUGUCGUUGGUGAUUUCACUGUCAAAUCUGAAAGAGGCACAUUCGUUGGUGCUACUUCUGGCUUUGUGCUUUUAGGUCAAGCAUUUGGUUCCCUAAUUGGUGCCGCUCUGGCAGCUGCAUGGGAUUGGAGAGCCAUCUUUUGGUUCCUAACUAUUGGUUGUGGUGCAUCAUUUGCUAUCUGCUUUGCGCUACUUCCAGAGACAAAGAGAUCCAUUGUCGGUAACUUGUCUAUCAGACCAAAGAAUCCAUUAAAUAUCGCCCCAGUCACCUUGCUACCAGCCGCAAGAAGAAAGUUAAAGUACGAUAACCCUGAUUAUGAGACACUAGACAAGACCAAGCCGGUUUUUGAUUUGACAUCUGCUUUCAAAAUUUGUGCCCUGCCUGAAAUCUUCUUAUCUCUACUACCACCAGGUUUAGCCUUUGCCAUGUGGACACUAAUGUUGUCUGCUAUUUCAUCUGAAUUGUCAGCUGCUCCAUACAACUAUAAGUUAACGAUCAUCGGUGUUUGCUACCUGCCAGCCGGUAUUGGUGGUCUGAUUGGUUCCUUUGCUACUGGUAAGAUUAUAGAUUUCCAAUAUAAGAAGAAGUUGAAGGUAUUUGAAGAGAAAAAGGCUGCUGGAAUUAUUCCAGAAGAUGAGAAAUUCAAUAUCAUGGGUGCUAGAUUGCAAUCUGUUCUUCCACAGAACUUUUUGUGUGUUGUCACAUAUAUCCUUUUCGGAUGGAGUUGUGACAAAGGCUGGAAGAUUCCUUCGAUCUUAAUUACCUCUUGUGUUAGCUCCUUCUGUGCAAUGAGUACUCUUUCUGCUAUGAGCACACUUUUGGUUGAUCUUUACCCAGGGAAGUCAUCUACGGCUAGUAGUUGUUUCAACUUCAUGAGAUGUAGUUUAAGUGCCAUUCUGAUGGGUUGUUUUGCCAAGAUGAAGCAUUCCUUAACAGUAGGUGGUACAUUCACUCUGUUGGCUGGUCUAGUUUUCGUCGGUAACUUCCUAAUGUUCAUUCCAAUGAAGCACGGAAUGAGAUGGAGAGAAGAAAGAGAACAAAGAGCUGCUCUUAAGGCGAAAAGCAUGGAUCAAGCUAAUGAGAACGGCUACAAGUUGUUCAGCAAGAUAAAGUUCUCUUCGCCAUUCAAAUCUGAAGAAAAAGUAUGA